ACGCACAGGGAGAGGAGUGGGACUGGGAGCAGCUGUGGCAAAUGUUCCAACAGUCCAAGCAAUCUCGAAAAGAAGGAGAAAUUUACAAUAGAAGAAAAAACACGCUCAAUAAGCGGGCUCGAGUGAGAAGAAGCGUGCCGAACACCAGUGUUCAGCUGCGAAGGGCUUAAACUAGCAAAUCGCUCGUUUCUCAACUCAUUGGAAACAAAAUAACAACCACGAAAAGACUGACAAUAAAAGACAAACAUUCCCGCGGGCUUCAACCCACAACUGACGCCAGACCGAACAAAGAUUCAGUACAUCAGCACUGCGUCUACUCGGACGUCCAACAUUUUUUCUUUUUUUUUAAGAUUCUUUCUUGUCUUUGUGAAAACUCAGGAAACAAUGAAGACCUAACUCAUGUGUUAGCCGCUGAGCUGAGCUGGCCCAGCGCGAGAGAGUGCGUGUGAGUGUGUGUGCAGGAAACUUUCUAAAUUUGCUUAAAAAGCCUGGAAAAAGAAGCUUAAACAGAGUUAAAGAAGAAGCUUAGGCUCUCUUCUCGUUUUUUUUGCAUGGAGGUAAGGGGCGAGGAGAGGGGAUCGGACGGCAGUAGAGGCCCCGACUCGACCCACUUUCCCCAUUACUCCAAACCCGCUCGAGUGCGGGUCACGGAUUCUGACGUGAUGAUCUACCCGAGCGCCGGAGAGGAUCUGGCAGGGAGAGCUGCUUCUGCUGGCUGCGACUCCCCCUCUUCAGACGGCCCAAGCAGCCGGAUGUCCCCUACCGACGGGCCCGCGGUCUUCCCACCUUUACCACCGCCGCCGCCGCCGACGAAUAUAUUCGGGCCGCACGGGAGUGUGGAUGAAAGUGAUCAACAGGAUGGACCGGAAUAUGAGGAAGAGGAGGUUGUGUUCCCUCUGUCCGCGCCGCCCACCAACCAAUGGUACCAUGGAAAGUUGGACCGAACCAUUGCAGAAGAGAGGUUGCGUCAGGCUCGGACACCAGGGAGCUACCUCAUUCGGGAAAGCGACCGCCGGCCUGGCUCCUUUGUGCUGUCCUUCCUCAGUAUGACCAACGUGGUCAAUCACUUCAGGAUCAUUGCGAUGUGUGGGGAUUACUACAUCGGUGGACGGCGCUUUUCAUCCCUGUCAGACCUCAUUGGUUACUACAGCUAUGUGUCUUGCCUGCUGAAAGGUGAAAAACUGUUGUCCCCGGUGGCUCCCCCAGAGCCAGUGGAGGACAGGAGACGUGUGAGGGCCAUACUUCCAUACACCAAAGUGCCAGAUACUGAUGAGAUCAGUUUUCUCAAAGGAGACAUGUUUAUCGUUCACAAUGAACUGGAGGAUGGUUGGAUGUGGGUUACAAAUGUCCGGACAGAGGAGCAGGGCCUUAUAGUGGAUGAUCUUGUGGAGGAGGUGGGACGAGAAGAAGAUCCCCAUGAGGGGAAAAUCUGGUACCAUGGGAAGAUCAACAAACAAGAGGCGUACAACCUGCUAAUGACAGUUGGCCAGGUAUGCAGCUUUCUGGUCAGGCCAUCAGACAACACGCCAGGGGAUUACUCACUAUUUUUCCGCACCAAUGAGAACAUCCAAAGGUUUAAGAUCAGCCCGACUCCCAACAACCAGUAUAUGAUGGGAGGACGGUACUAUAACAGUGUUGAUGAAAUUAUCGAACAUUACCGAAAAGAGCAGAUUGUGGAAGGCUACACGCUGAAAGAUCCUGUCUCGGUCCAGCAACAGGAACAAGUCCUCUCCGACCUGGUUGACGGCAAAGAAAUCUAUAACACUAUUCGACGGAAAACAAAAGAUGCUUUCUAUAAAAACAUUGUGAAGAAAGGGUAUCUUCUCUUCAACAAAGGUAAGGGGAAACGCUGGAAGAACUUGUACUUCAUUCUGGAGGGGAACGACGCUCAGCUCAUUUAUUUUGAGAGUGAGAAAAGAGCCACCAAGCCCAAAGGAUUAAUUGACUUGAGUGUGUGUUCUGUGUAUGGUGUUCAUGACAGUUUGUUUGGCAGGCCAAACUGUUUCCAGAUUGUGGUUCAGCACUUUAGUGAAGAGCAGUACAUUUUCUACUUUGCCGGGGAAACACCUGAGCAGGCCCAGGAUUGGAUGAAAUGCUUGCAGACAUUCUGCAAUAACCUUAGGAAACCCAUACAGACAACAUCCAACAAGCGUUUGCGUCAGGUGAGCAGUUUAGUCCUGUAUGUCGAGGAGGCCCACAAACUUCCCAUCAAGCACUUCACCAACCCAUACUGCAACAUAUCACUGAACAGCGUGCAGGUGGCCAAAACUCACCCUAGAGAGGGACAGAACCCAGUGUUUACUGAGGAGUUCAUAUUUGAUGAUCUGUCAAGCGACAUCAACAGAUUUGAAAUCAGCUUAAGUAACAAGACCAAAAAGAGCAAAGAAAGUGAUAUCUUGUUCAUGCGCUGCCAGCUGAGCAAGCUGCAGAAGGGCCAGAUGAUAGAUGAGUGGUUUCCUCUGAGCUCCUAUGUGCCUCUGAAGGGAACUGAGCCAGGCUCACUUCGUGUGAGAGCACGCUACUCCAUGGAGAAGAUCAUGCCGGAAGAAGAGUACAGCGAAUUCAAAGAGCUCAUCCUGCAGAAAGACUUUCAUGUGAUCUAUGGUUUGGCUCAUGUGUGCGGACAGGACCGUACCCUGCUGGCCAGCAUCUUACUCCGGAUAUUCAGGCAUGAGCAAGCUGAAGCUCCGUUACUGAGGACGCUUAACGACAGAGAAAUUAAUAUGGAGGAUGAAGCGACGACGCUGUUUCGUGCCACUACUCUUGCCAGUACUUUGAUGGAGCAAUACAUGAAGGCCACAGCAACACCUUUCGUCCAUCAUGCCCUCAAGGAGAGCAUACUGAAGAUCAUGGAGAGCAAGCAGUCCUGUGAGCUGAAUCCAUCUAAACUGGAAAAGAAUGAGGAUGUUAAUAUGAAUCUAGCUCACUUGCUCAUUAUCCUGUCUGAGCUGGUGGAAAAGAUCUUUAUGGCUGCUGAGAUUUUGCCUCCGACCCUGAGGUACAUUUACGGCUGUCUGCAGCGGUCUGUGCAGCAGAAAUGGCCCAACACUACAAUGAAGACCCGGGUUGUUAGUGGUUUUGUCUUCCUGAGGCUCAUCUGUCCUGCCAUUCUUAACCCCAGGAUGUUCAACAUCAUCGCUGACCCUCCAUCUACCACAGCAGGUCGAACACUCACCCUGGUGGCCAAGUCUGUGCAGAACUUGGCUAACCUGGUGGAGUUUGGUGCUAAGGAGCCCUACAUGGAAGGAGUGAAUCCUUUCAUCAAGAACAACAAACAAAGGAUGAUCAUGUUUCUGGAUGAGCUGGGGAAUGUUCCUGAUCUUCCAGAAUCGACUGAGCACUUUAGGACUGAUUUGUCCCGUGACCUUGCUGCCCUGCAUGAGAUCUGUGCUACUCAUUCUGAUGAACUCCGCACCCUCAGCAAUGAAAGGGGAGCCCAGCAGCAUGUACUGAAAAAACUGCUGGCCAUCACUGAGCUCCUCCAGCAGAAACAGGUGCACUAUGCCAUGUCCAACACCAACAGGUAGUUCCACCUCCGUCUGUCUGUUAGUUUGUCUCCGUCUCCAUCGAGUAGCCAAUGGGACCCCAGCAUGCUCCACCCUCAUCACCAUGCCAACUCCUGCCCCUCCCCAUAUUUUCCAUCACCACAUUUCCUCUGUCUCAUUGCCUGUGCCACGAGAACUAUGCAAACUACAGCUGCAAAACAAAACGGCUGGACUCUGAAGUCUGACACCAAUGACUUUUAUAAUCCUGCACCCAAAUUGUUCGGUUUGACUGUUCUCAGUAUCUUGGGUACAUAUCAGUCUAACAAACAGGUCGAACGAACGACCCGGAAAGUUUGCAGAAAGGUGUUUUUAAAUACAGGUUGCCAAAGUGUAUCUCUUUGUCUGCUUGAUCUGAAACUGAUCUGAACUGACACAGCUGUAGCAGUCCUUCUCUAUAACUGGAUAAUGAGCUAUAAUGCUUUUUAUAGUGUAAUUUGUUACUGAUUUUCAUGGCCAUGAAUAUGCAAAAAAUGUGUUUUUCCCUCGUUCCGUUCAGUUUGAAUUGUGCUGUAGACUGGAUUUGUUUUUCUUUUCAUUUUACCAUCCUCAGAGAGUAUGAUUAUUUUAUCAGAACAAAUUCUCUUGCUGGAAUCAUGAGUAUAUAAUUUGAGGUAACCUGAUUUUGUUUUCCAUAUUGUACAAUAUAGUUCAUUAAUAGAGUCUUCCCUGAGAGAAAUUUAAAGCCAGGAGAAGUGAGAAGUGAAAUAUUCUCAGGAGAAACGUUUAAGGCAAAAAAAUGUUUACAGCAUUACAUUUACUAUAGUCCAGACUGUAUCAGGAAUGCAUGCACUUAUUAAACACGUUUUAUAAAGUAUUGACUGGCUUCUGUCUCAGAUCAGCCUGUGAAAAACUGCUUCUGAAUAUAAUACGACAACUGUUGUGCUGCCUCUAACUGUAUUGUAUUGUCAAGAUAUCAGUUCUGGAAUAAAAGAUCGUUUUUGUUGCAUAAUAUUGACAAAGUAACUAAUAAUCCCAGUGCAACAAUUGUGGGGUAGCUGGUAAGCAAAAUGUUGAUUCAAAACCUAUAGGAGGUAAUCCAUAUACUGUAUACCCAAGCCCUUUAGAGAGGAGUCUGCUCCAGAGGUGUAAAGUACUUGAGGAAUUUUACUUGAUUACUGUACUUUUUGGGGGUAUAAAAAAUAAGUAUUAUUUUUGGAGAUUUUUACUUGAGUACAAUUAAAAAUCAAUACUUUUACUUAAUAUAUUUUUUUUACUCCUUACAAUUUUAUUUACAGUCAAAAAGUACUUCUUUUAUAGAGAUCAUUUUAUUUCCCCUUGCUCUUACCAAACCAACUGAAUUGCGCUGAUGGCCAGUUUAAUUUAAAUGUUGUUUAUUCUGGAGCCUUUGGACCACACUAAGGAAUCCGUUCAACCAACAGUUCAUCUGAUGAUGAAGAUUUUUUUUUGCUUCUUUAAAACCGACAACACAUGAAGUGUGUUUCUGUGUGACAAGUUCCCUGUUAUUUGCAGCCUCUCUAUCAAGAUCAAGACAUUGUUAACACUGCCAGUCCAAAUCUGAUUUUGCUGCAUAUCCAAUUUGACAGAUUCGCUGUCCAUAUUGUGUAUCACAACUGUUCAGAUCUGAUCUGUGCGUCAUAAAGUGUUCUGCCGUUUUGGAUUAUCUGUGUUUACGUUUUAGGUCACGCGAGAGCAUGACGUAACCAAAAAGUUACACAAAUGCAAUCAGGGCGUUCAGACUGAAAUGAAUUUCUGGAAAUAUAUGGAUGUAGCCUGAAACGAAUGAAAAAAAAAAACUGAUUUCAUGUGUUUUUUGGCCGUUCACACGUUCUAAAUGUGAUUGGAUUCCUAUCGGAUAUGCACCAAAAUCGUAUUUGGACUGACAUUGUGAUCAAGGUCUGAUACACCCCUUAACAGAGCUUGAAUUUUGAAAAUCAGAUUCUGCUUAAGUUAAAUUCAUGGUUUUACAACUUUACAAGUAGCAUGUUGCAUACUGAAAUUAGGUAUUAGUCUUACAGUUUGACAAUGAAUACAAUUGAAUACAAACAAUUAGAUAAAACUGUUAUAUAAUAUGUGGUUCAUUCACUUCAUGUUUUUAGAGAUUAAAAGCUUAAACAAGAA